AUGGCCGCAAAAAUACAUGGUGAUGCAAUGUCUAUUCAUAUACCUCGUCUGUGCCUCGUUUGUGGUUUAAAUGUAAAGUGCUCUAAAAAGCCAGUGAUUUUUUAGUAUGUCGGUAUUUCAGGUCACGAGCUACAAAAGUUCGUAAGGUGCAAUGUCUAUUCAUAUAGCUCGUCUGCGUCAUAGCACAGAACAAACGAGAUACAUCAAUAUACUUUGUUUCUUGUUUCGUGUCUCCCUUUAAUUUACACUAAAUUUUGGAAAAUAAAAUUACAGGCACUUUAGUAAAUCAAUUAUCUUAUUUAAUAAACGAAAUGAAUUAUAGAAAGAUUAUUUAUUUGUUAUUUUAAGUUAAAUAAUGAUGCAUUUUUGUGCGAAAUGCGCGCGCAAAACCUAAGUAAACAUUGUAGCGCCAUAUUGUAUUGGGAUGCAAGUUUCAGGCGGGAAACAGCAAGAAGAAACGUCGUUCAGAAUUUGUCAGUCAAAUGGGGACUCCCUGUCGUAUAAUAUAAUCCCGCGUUACAAAUGGUCAGAUUCGAAAGCUGCGUUCGCAACACCGUUCAUCGUAGGAACUUCUGGUUUCUUCUCGCCAACCACUUGCCAUUUGACCUGCGACCGGAAGAACUUACAAGAACGCGACGACUGCUGGCAUGGUCAUGCAAGCGCCGACAAUGAAGAACGUCCCCGGAAACGUUUUCAUGGUUGCGGCGUAAAUGGAACUGUACAUGGGCCCAUAAAUGAGUGGCAUUAG